AAUGGGGUCCAUGGGGUUGUGAGAUGUGCCAGAGAAAGGCCAGCAUCCUACAUAAUGAGCCAGGACAGAUAGCUGGUAGCACACCAAGAGAAGAGAAGAGAAGAGAAGAGAAGAGAAGAGAAGAGAAGAGAAGAGAAGAGAAGAGAAGAGACGGAGAGAAACACUGAGAAAAGAUGAUGUGCUCAUGUGAACAAGAGAUCCUUUGCUGGUUCUAUUUUGGCACCUUGCUCUUCUCUAUCUACUUCCACUCUGUUACAGUCAUCGGAGCUCCACUUAAGCAGGAUGUAUUGGAUAGCGGGUCUACUGUGCUCAAUCACUCCAUGAGUUUGGUGCAUCGGAUGGAGACCCUCCUGGCCAUUGGCAACAGCAGUGAUGUUAGUCUGCGGGUGCAAACCAUCAACACAGAUGAGAUGAAGGUGAUCCAAGCCCACAGCUUGGUUCUCAGCCUGCAGAGUGAUGUGUUUGAGGAACUGCUGCUCAGCCGCAACAGCAGUGCUCUGGUUUUGACAGAGUCACCAGACUGUGCAGCAGUCUUUGCCAAAUUUAUCAGGUAUUUGUACUGUGGUGACAUCUCAGUACGGCUAGAUCAGGCUAAAUCGCUACACAUACUGGCCAGCAAGUACCAUGUGUGGGGUUUGCAGCAAGGUCUGACCCAAUAUAUGACUCAGCAUCUGUCCAGUGAUUCACCCACAGGCCAUGUGGUUAGCUGGUACAGCUACGCACUACAAAUUGGAGACAAUACCUUGCGGGACAGCUGUCUGCAGUUUCUGUCCUGGAAUCUGUCCUCUGUGCUGCAGAGUGGAGAAUGGAUCUCCAUCAGCGAAAACCUGCUCCUGUCCUUGCUCCAGCGCUCUGACCUUAUUCUGCAGAGUGAAUUAGAGCUCUAUGAGGCUCUGGAGGGCUGGAUUGGCCAGAACCAGCCAGACAGCACAACAGUGGAAAGUGCACUGAGGGCUGUCAGAUAUGGCAUGAUCCCUCCACAGCAUCUCUUCCGCCUUCAGAAGCAGUCAGCCCUCAUGGUAAAGUAUUAUGAGUCAAUCAGUGAUCUCCUCUAUCUAGCCUUCCAGUUUCACUCUGCCUCACCUAUUCAACUGGCCAAGUACUUUGAUGUCAACUGUAGUAUUUUCACUCCCCGUAACUAUCUAUCCUCCUCCUGGGGUUCUCCGUGGCUCAUCAGUAACCCCACACGAGAUGACCGCAGUUUCAGUUUCCAAACCCAGCUUGGCCCCAGUGGCCAUGACUCGGGGAAGAGAGUGACGUGGAAUGCCUUGUUCUCCCCUCGCUGGCUCCCUCUCAGUGGUAGGUCAACUUACACUGAACUUGGUGCCAUGCAGCCCUCUCGCACUGAUGGGGGUCGACCUCGCAUCAUUGUAACCCCAGCCACCUCUAGCCCAGACUUUGCUGGUGUAAGUUUUCAGAAAACAGUGAUUGUGAUGGCAAAACAGCAGGGAAAAGUGGUUGUUCACGAUGUCUACAACUUCCACCAAAGUACGGAGGAAGCUGGGGAUUUCCUGAAGGAUGCUGACCUGCAGCGCCGGACAUCAGAGUACCUAAUUGACAGCUCCCUUUCUCUGCACAUUGUAAUCAAACCUCUCUACCACACCCUUCUAGUUGCCAGAAAGUAAAAGCUGUAACUUCACCUUCAGUUUUUCACUAGCGAUGUGCGUUCAGAAGAAGCAGGGGAACCACUGCCUCUUCUGCCAUUAAUACUAAUAAAUAUUUAUAAUGACCACUGUCCAAUGGCCACCGACUGGCCUACACAUUAGUCUUCUGCAUGAUUUCAACAUGUUUGUUGUCAAAAUUACUGAAUUUAAACAUUUACUGUUCCAGUACAUGGCAGAAGCACGUGGGGAGACAAAGACAAGUGCUGCCUCUGCUCUGACGGAGCUGCACGGCACACACUAACUGAUGAUGGUGGAGCACCCCAUACACUGAUACAGGAAAUUUGAUGCAUGUCCACUGUUGCCUCGCUCUAUAUUGCAAAUAUACGUGUUAUAUUCCACAUGUGCUGCACAUGCUGGUGUUCCACAGUCUGUCUAAUAUAUUUUGUGACUGAGUGUGACAUAUUUAGUAUUUCUGAACAGCCAUAGGUACGCAGAAAAAAUGUGCCCGGGGAGGCAGAAAGUACCCUGCCUCACUGAUAGGAGCAGUGCUGAGCCUAUAGACACAGAUGGGCACUACCUGCUUCUCUACACACAUGGCGAGUGUGACGCUCACAGGUCUUUGACAGUGAGCUGAUUUAUAAUUGCUCUGACAAAAUGGAAGAUUAUGGCUCACAACUGAAGUAUAUAUUUAAACAGGAUUUUCAGUUAAAGAGGAGAUGUUAGUGGAUUAUUUUUGCAGAAGAUUAUUUUAGAGAAGUUAGGUGCAGAGACUUCAUACACAUAAAGGAAAAAUCAUACACAAUUUUCAAGUGUAUUACAAGAGAGCUCUGCCAGUACAUUUUUAAAUUACAUUUCCAAUUAAAAUACAUUUUUUAAAUUCUAAUUUGCCCUAACUUUAAUCUGUUUUGUUAAUGCUAGUGCAUUGCUAAAUAUUAUAGAAUUGAUUAAUGCAUAAUUAAGAAGUUUUAAAGCAACUGAUUAUUUCACUACGGGUCAAAAUUAAGAAUAGCUUCUAUUUUGGGAUCAUAUAUUUGCAUGUCUAACUCCAGAGUAGUCAGUAGCUCUGUGAUUAAUGCAUCACUGUCAUUCACCCACUCAUAUCUCAGCACAUGUCAGGUCUGUGACGCUCAUUAUUUUAUACAAAUUUACUCUUCCAGCAGUUUAGUAUGGAAGAAUCUGUGAAAAUAAAUGAUUCUGAGGUUAUCAUAGUAUUGAUGGUGGGUUUUUUCUUCAGUAGUUUGUGUGCUAAGAAACAAACAAACAAACAAAAAACGUGUUGAUUUAUUUAUUGCGUAAUAACUUUCCUUGAACUUUAAUAAUCUAUGUAAGGUUUAAUUGUGUUUGAAUAUUUGUGCUAAAAGUGUUUCACGUUUAAGACAAACAUUUGUUGCUAUUACUCUUUCCUCUUCACAGCAAAACAGACUUUGUAGUUUAUGUAGUUUGUAGAUUACUCUAUAAUCUUCCAUUUAAAUAAUGGAUUUGUAAACAUGUCAAACAUUUUUUUCUACCCUGGGAAAUAGCCUAGUGCAACAUCCACAUUUCAAGCUGCAAUUUUAUUGCUUUCUUUCCAUAUGAUAUUUUAUUUGCUUUUGCAAUUGCAUUUUAUGUUAUUUUUAAGUUUGUAUAAUACUGAAACAAAGAUGUAAAAAUAAAGCAUUAUAAAAAGAAUACUAUUGUUGACUUAUCAAAUGUUAGAUAUGCAGUAUGAAAGAAGGAAGAAACAAAAAUAUAUGAUUUAUUAUUAAAAAUCAUCUUCUUUGCUGAUGGAGAAAGUUGUUUUCAAAUCUUUAC